AUGCCCAGCUCGCUGUUUGCAGACCUGGAGCGCAACGGCAGCGGCGGGGGCGGGGGAGGCGGCGGCGGCGGGGGAGGCGGCGGCGGCGGCGGCGGCAGCGGCGGGGGAGAGACCCUGGAUGACCAAAGAGCCCUGCAGCUCGCUCUCGACCAGCUCUCCCUGCUGGGGCUGGACAGUGACGAGGGCGCGUCUCUGUACGACAGCGAGCCGAGGAAGAAGAGCGUGAACAUGACCGAGUGCGUGCCGGUGCCCAGUUCCGAGCAUGUCGCCGAGAUCGUGGGGCGGCAAGGUUGUAAAAUCAAAGCACUGCGGGCGAAGACCAACACUUAUAUCAAGACCCCGGUUCGUGGGGAGGAGCCUGUCUUUGUUGUGACGGGCAGGAAGGAGGAUGUGGCCAUGGCUCGGAGGGAGAUCAUCUCUGCCGCCGAGCACUUCUCCAUGAUCCGCGCCUCGCGGAAUAAGAACACGGCGCUCAACGGCGCAGUGCCCGGGCCGCCUAACCUGCCGGGGCAGACCACCAUCCAGGUGCGGGUGCCCUACCGCGUAGUGGGGCUCGUGGUGGGGCCCAAGGGCGCCACGAUCAAGCGCAUCCAGCAGCAGACGCACACGUACAUCGUGACGCCCAGCCGCGACAAGGAGCCGGUGUUCGAGGUGACCGGCAUGCCUGAGAACGUGGACCGAGCUCGCGAGGAGAUCGAGGCGCACAUCGCCCUGCGCACUGGCGGCAUCAUUGAGCUCACAGAUGAGAACGACUUCCACGCCAAUGGCACGGAUGUGGGCUUUGAUCUGCAUCAUGGGUCCGGCGGGUCCGGCCCAGGCAGCCUCUGGAGCAAGCCCACCCCCAGCAUCACGCCCACUCCGGGCCGCAAGCCCUUCUCUAGUUAUCGCAACGACAGCUCCAGCUCGCUUGGCAGCGCCUCCACAGACUCUUACUUCGGUGGGGGGACCAGCGGCAGUGCAGCUGCCACCCCGCGCCUGGCGGACUAUAGUCCCCCCAGCCCCGCGCUCAGCUUUGCUCACAAUGGAAACAACAACAAUGGCAAUGGAUACACCUACACGGCGGGGGAAGCUUCUGUGCCUUCCUCUGACGGCUGUCCUGAGCUACAGCCCACCUUCGACCCGGCUCCCGCCCCACCGCCUGGGGCUCCACUUCUCUGGGCCCAGUUUGAGAGGUCCCCGGGAGGCGGACCUGCAGCUCCCGUGUCCUCUUCCUGCUCUUCCUCUGCAUCUUCGUCUGCUUCGUCUUCCUCUGUGGUCUUUCCCGGGGGCGGCGCCAGCGCGCCCUCCAAUGCCAACCUGGGGCUGCUGGUGCACCGCCGGCUGCACCCGGGCACCAGCUGCCCCCGUUUGUCCCCGCCCUUGCACAUGGCUCCGGGGGCGGGCGAGCACCACCUGGCUCGCCGGGUGCGCAGCGACCCGGGCGGAGGGGGCCUGGCCUACGCCGCCUAUGCCAACGGCCUGGGGGCGCAGCUGCCGGGCCUGCAGCCGUCGGACACGUCCGGCUCCUCGUCCUCGUCCAGCUCCUCCUCCAGCUCUUCAUCCUCCUCCUCUGGGUUGCGGCGUAAGGGCAGCCGUGACUGCUCCGUGUGCUUUGAGAGCGAAGUAAUCGCCGCACUGGUGCCCUGCGGCCACAACCUCUUUUGCAUGGAGUGCGCCAACCGCAUCUGUGAGAAGAGUGAGCCUGAAUGCCCGGUCUGCCACACCGCGGUCACUCAGGCCAUCCGCAUCUUUUCUUGAAGGCGGCGUGCACCACGCGGGGGAUGGAGAACCCGCUUCCCUCCAUCCUCACUCCCCAGCGCCUCUUUGCCUACUUGGUGCCCCACCUUCUCCUCCCCGCCUCCCUGCUCACACUCUGAGAUCCGAAGAGGAGCUUGGAAAGCUGUAGUAUCCGCUCAUUUUUUAAAUUUCAAUUUUUAAACAAAGGAACUUGCCAGGAUAUCUGCAUCAAGAGUACUGUAGCCUGGGAAACCUCCGAACCACUUAAAUGCAUGCUCUAUAAAUAAUAGGAACGGCGACAUUCUAGUAAUGAUAGUUUUUACACUGUACUUAAUAGGAAGCUUCCAAAAGAAGAAAACCCCACAAGUUUUCCAUUUUCUUAAAGUAGGAAAAAAUGAACAAUAAUUAUUAUGAUGAAGAUGAUAAUAAUAGUGCUAUGGGAUGUGUGGACUGUUUUAGUGUGUUCCCCUUUGUGGCUGGGUUCCUACGAUGCUUAUUAUAGAACACAGUGGAUCCUUUUUGAAUGUUCGUGGAAGGGCCAGGAGUUCCUGUGAAACCAGGAUACUGCAGCUUUAUUAAAGUUAAAGAAACUGUAACAUAUCUCUUAUAUAUUAAAAAACGUUUAAAAGUUUUAAAGAGAAAUUGCAUUAAUACAGAUUGAAGUAUUUUAUUCUUUUUUGACUUGAAAAAUUAUAUUUCAUA